AUGCGCUGCUCUACCGACGUCACCACCGCCAGCCUUCAACCGUUCGAGGGGAGCGUCAGGCAUCGGUCAGUGAAGCUCCGCCGCCCGAGUCUUUCCCUUGUGAGAGGGCAUCAAUGGGCGGGUUCGGCCGCUGAACUCGUUUAGUGUGAUACAACGUACAGUGACACCGUCUACAAGCAAUGGGUGCAGCAGAUCGACAGCACUGAGGGCGGCCUCGACCGCUUCUCGCAGGGCUACCGCCACUUUGGGUUCAACGUCACAGCGCAGAACGACAUUGUCUACCGCGAGUGGGCACCCAAUGCGACCUCGGCAUACCUCGUUGGCGACUUCAGUCAGUCGCUCCUCCGCUAACCUCUUCGCACCUUCUCAUUCCUUCUUUCCUGGUUGCUUCUGCUUUCGCUUGUCCUCGGAUGGUGCUGCGUCCUUUUGCGCUCCCUCGAAGCAAUGCUCGGUCUAGCUCCGCACCCAUUGGGCGUGGGCCCCCACCCUUUUCAAAAGCCGCGUCCGGGUCCGCCUCCGCCUCGGCGCAGAUUCGGCUGUUGACCAACCGCUCUGCCCUCAUAGUUGGGAGAGUGGUCCUUGGCUCGGCGCCUCCUGCCGUUCCCCUUCGCCCCUUGUUGGAGAAGGGGGUUACCCCUCACUUCUUUGACUCGUUCGCGGCGCACUAACCCCUCCCCCGCGUGAGCAGAUGGGUGGAAUCGCGACUCUCACCCGAUGAUAAAGAACGAUUACGGCGUAUUCGAGCUCACGCUUCAGGCCGUAAAAGGUCAAGCUGCAAUCCCGCACAAUUCUAAAGUCAAGGCAAGUCUUUGUGACAAGUUGAAAACCUUCCUAGUGGGCCAAGCUCUGAUCUCUUUACCGAUGGCGCGCUUUUGGACUCCUUUCUCAGAUCUCGAUGACGGCCCCGGGCAUCGAAGGGCGCAUCGAAAGGCUCCCAGCAUGGGUCAAGUGAGCUCGUCUUGCUUCACCGCUGCGCAACUGUCGAUUCACCGCGCUGAAGCCUGACCGCUCUGGUUCGCUCAGACGAGUUGUACAAGACCUCACGGUUUCCCCCGUUUACGACGCCGUGUUCUGGAACCCGCCCAUAAAGUAUCAGUUCAAGAACAAGCGGCCCCCUCAGCCCAGGGCGGUCAGAGUGUACGAGGCCCAUGGUGCGAAGAAACGAUUUUUGUGCUCAGUGUCAGGAAUCGUCAAGCACGCUGAACUAACCUAACGCUUGUUCUCUUGUGCCGUUGCUUUCGGCAUGCAGUCGGUAUCUCCACUCCCGACCCCCGGAUCGGCACUUACGACGAGUUCACUCGAAACGUGCUGCCAAGGAUUGCCAAGCUCGGUUAUAACACGAUCCAACUCAUGUGCGUGUGCCGUGCUAUCGCUGAUCGAGCACCAGCUUUGUCGCUCACACAUAUCUGCCCGCACACGGACAGGGCUAUCAUGGAGCACGCGUACUACGCCAGCUUCGGUUAUCAGAUCACUUCGUUCUUCGCCGCGAGCAGUCGAUAUGGUAUGUCGAAUGCAUUCUCGUUCGGCAGGGGACAGAACGAUGGUGCUGACAAUGCUCGCAAUUGCCAUACGACCGCAGGGACUCCUGAGCAACUGAUGGAGCUGAUUGACACCGCUCACGGCAUGGGAAUCACCGUUUUGCUCGAUGUUGUCCACUCGCAUGCCUCGAACAACGUUCUCGACGGCCUCAAUAAUUUUGACGGUUCCGACCAUCACUACUUCCAUGGCGGACCCAAAGGCAGGCACGAGCUCUGGGAUUCGUGAGUCUGUCGCAGCUGCGGUGAUGCAGUGCCGUCUGCUGAUCGAAGAGCGAAAAAUACGCUUGUUGCCUGUUCCCGCCCCUUCAGACGUCUCUUCAACUAUGGCUCGCACGAGGUCUUGCGCUUCUUGCUUUCCAACCUGCGUUUUUGGAUGGAAGAAUACCAGUUCGACGGCUUCCGCUUCGAUGGCGUGACGAGCAUGAUGUACACUCAUCAUGGCAUCGGCACGGGCUUCUCAGGCGGGUACCAUGAGUAUUUCGGGGAGAAUGUAGACACGGAGGCCGUUGUUUACAUGAUGCUGGUCGGUCUACUUUAUGAGAUUCGCCUCCGCGACAGGGCCGCACUGACGAUAUGCACUUCGCGGGCAGGCCAAUGACCUGAUCCACGGUCUGUAUCCGGGCUCAAUCACGAUCGCGGAGGACGUUUCCGGCAUGCCGGCGUUGUGUCGCACUCCGAGGGACGGAGGCAUCGGGUUCGAUUAUCGCUUGGCUAUGGCCGUGCCCGACAUGUGGAUCAAGCUGCUCAAGGAUGGACCCGGCGAUGACGGUUGGGACAUGGGAAACAUCUGUUUCACGCUCACCAAUCGUCGCCAUGGCGAAAAAAGCAUCUGCUAUGCCGAAUCGCAUGACCAGGCCCUCGUCGGCGACAAAACGCUUGCAUUCUGGCUGAUGGACAAGGAGAUGUACACCAACAUGUCCGACCUGACCGAGCUGACGGUCACCGUCGACCGAGGCCUCGCGUUGCACAAGAUGAUUCGGUGAGUUGCAUGCUCGGGCUUGCUGGCAAGGUGAGGCAUGUACCUAUCUGACUCGUCACGUCCUAACCGACCGGCAGACUAGUUACGCAUGCACUAGGAGGGGAGGGCUACCUCAACUUCGAGGGAAAGUGAGUAACUGGAGAAGGUGCUCUGGCUGUAUCACGGUGGGGACGCGCAGCUGAUCUUGGCCCACGCAGUGAAUUUGGCCAUCCCGAAUGGCUCGACUUCCCUCGCGCCGGGAACAAUGAUUCGUAUCAGUACGCUCGCCGCCAGUUCAACUUGACAGAGGAACCCCUCUUGCGUUACAGAUACCUUAACAGUUUUGAUGCCGCGAUGAACCACCUAGAGGAAAGCUACCAGUGGCUCUCGUCGCCACAGGCCUACAUUUCGCUCAAGAACGAAUCCGACAAGGUGAUCGUCUUCGAAAGGGGCAAUUUGCUCUUUGUGUUCAACUUCCAUCCUACCACCUCGUUUACCGACUACCGCGUUGGUACCGACUGGCCUGGAAAAUACGCGGUUGUGCUGAGUUCGGAUGACAAAGAGUUUGGGGGUCACGGUCGCAUCGACAAGUCGGUGGAACACUUCACAACCCCGAUGGAGUGGAACGGGCGCAGAAACUGGGUGCAGGUGAGAAACCGCUGGAAAACGAAUGGAAUCUUUCGCGUGCUCACCAUCAGCCAUGCGCAUCAGCUGUACCUCCCUUCGCGAACAGUGCAGGUACUCAAGCACUAG